AUGUUUUCAGGUGUUGUGGCCGCUCAACAGAAUCCUCAACUCACCCCUUGUAAUGGCAUCAACAGUCUCAACACUUGCCAAGGGCAGUUCAAUACCAAAUUGGGUUUCGAUGCUUCACUCGGCGUGGCCAAAUACCAAGACUUGAGAAGUGCCAUUGAGAAGUCUUACGCUGACAGCCAAGCUUACGGUCUUCUCAAAACGUGCGAGGCUUACAAGGAGUACCAGCAAUGCUAUACUGACGGUCAGUUCUUUGCCUGCGCUCAGAAUCCAUUCGGAAUUAUCACUGCCACCAACAACGGAGGUGUUCAAUAUACCCGAGACCAAGCUUAUGGAUACGUCAAAAUCUGGAAUCAACUUGACUUCGUUUGUGGAGCUGGUUUCUCUAUCUUUGCCAAUGCUGAAGUUUGUGGAUCUUCUGUCUUCAACAACCAAACUGCUGGUAUGAGACAAUGUGACAACGAUUUUGAUGUCAACUCUAAAGCCGAUCCAUCCCAAGCUUGCGCAUAUGUCGAGGCUGCUUCCACUUGCUACUUCAAUUUGUUCUGGGACGCAUGCAAGAAGCCAGAGAUGGCCUACUGGGGAUGCAACUACGAGCGUACUGGUACCAACCUCCUCUACCCACAGUGCACUCAAAUUUUCUGCUCAUUCCACGAACGCGUCUGA